AUGCAACAACAGACUUUCGUCAGUUCGACACAAACGUCUUCAAAACUUAACCAGCUUUCUUUCGCUCUCAUGCAAGAUGCGGUUCGACCAACCGAAGAGGCGUUCCGAGCCAUGUACGAGAGAGGUUAUCGUACUUGGUCCAAUCUUUUCGAAUUGGCAAUGGAGGACAUGAAAGCCUAUCCUACCGAACUUAUGUUCCAACUUGAGACCGCCUUUCCGCAUCAUCCUUCCUUUCCUACGAAUCUAAACACAGACAAGAGAUUUGCAGAUACUGUCCUUGUAUAUGGAACCUCUACGUGGACAACUACACAGCCGCCUUGCACGCUGCCAUCAUUUGAUGAAACAUUCUCCAUUCCAGUAGCGUCAGGCAGACCUACCAAAAUCACGAUCUCCGACUUACCGCAGUCAGCCUUUUCAUACUCGCGGUUUGCUAAUGAAGACGACGACCAUACCACGGUUCUCCUACUUGCAUGGUCCUAUAUACUCACUGCUCGCUGGGCUGAGAUCAUUCCGGGUGCAUCUGCUCCGAAGUACAGCGAUUUUGAGGCAGCGUGGGCUGGCGAGGACAAUUUCGAAACAGGAGGCUCAAAGAAAUGCAUUGUAGACGUAGGUGAUGUUGACAAUGAUGCUGCGCGGUGGUGGGCAGCUAUUCUAGCCCUUGAAGGGGGCUGGGAUGCCACUAUUCUGAGCAACACAGGUUGCAUCCUCCAUUCGCCUUGGUCUACCAAACUUGAAUCAGAGCACCAUUUUCAACUCCUGCGCGGGAAAGGGACUGCAGCUCAUCAUGAUGCCGCUCAAUACUUUGCUCCAUCGUUCGCCACUGCCUUGCGUUACUUGUCUGCGUACUGCGAAUACCAUAACGCCUCUGCUCAAAGCCAAACCGCGUUGGCUGCGACAUUGAUGCUACCAACUGCGAAAUUUGGAGGUCGACAUGUUCGGCUGCCCAUCCCUAACAUUCGUCUGAAGCCAACCCCUGAGAAGUUCACAAUCAAUGUGUUUUCCUGGAUGGAGAACGUCAGCCAAUUGGACAGGCUCAUCACCUUAAGUUGCAACGCGAGGGGGGGUGAUGCUAUCCUGGGUAGCGUUUUCUAUGCAUCUGAUAUUGACUGCAAUAUCUGCGGAGCAUGGCUUCAAGGAUCCUUCGCCUUUCUUGACUCCGAUGUCGUACUGGAUCCACAUAUCUUACUACGAGUUCUAGUAAAAAGAGAUCCUGAUGUGGGAUUCCUGUGGCUCGGUGCUUUUAUCAUCGGAGCGCAAGCGUAUUUGUUGCGAAAAGCGCAAGGAGCUUCGUGGAAAAUCGAUCUGAGUACGUCAGCGUGGACUGGGACGUCUAUGUCCUUUAUUCAGCAGCCUGUCUCAGUAUUACCCACUGGAAUACAGGAAAUCUCGCGUGCUGAUGAGUGCCGGCUGCUAUACCUGUCGCAUGAUCCAUCAUACACGACUCCUCCCCUCUUCCCAUUCGCUCCGUUUGGGUCCACAGCGAUUCUCGACACCAAUAUUGAAGUGCGUGAGCAUAUAAGCUGUGGUCAACCUCAUGGUCUCCAAUACAAAGGAUUGGCGUGGCACUGUCGCGGCAGUAAGCGCACGAUGACAUCGUUCACACAGAUCCCACUGCGUGCAAAAAUCGGAAACGCGACGGAAACAGACUUGAUUGUCAAAUAUAACGAUCUCGAUUACGAAGACGAUGACACCUCCAUGAGGGGUACGCAUCACUUAUUCACUUGGCUGCGCGAUGUGGACGGUUUUCCCAUUGCUGAAAGAGCUAUUCGAGAACAUGAAUGGAUAGAAAAUCUGGAUUCUGAUGAUGACUAUGAGGAACCAAAUGACCGGUGA